GGGGGGGAAGGGGGAGGGGGGAGCGGUAUACUUGACUUUUGUUUCCUGGACAAACCACACACAACAGCAUCCACGUGGUCGGAACGUGUCUUGCUGAGGUUGUGGUGUGAAGAGGCGGCUGGCUGAGUGAGUGGCUGGUUGGUUGGCUCGUUUGGCUCGUUUGGCUCGUUGGCUCGUUUGGCUCUGUGUUGGCUGUGGCUUGUGGCGGGAUCGUGCAAUGUCGAAUUUGCUUCAAGUGAUGAACGAGUGGUUGGAGGGUGGUGUGGCGAUGGGAGGCCAAUUGGUGGUGGCCGUGGCAUCGAAUGACAUUCUCCCGGCGGAUGCUUAUUUGCCGGACACAUCAGCAAAGGCAGGGACGUGGUUUCUGUCGCCGGAACAGCAUUUUGUGGAGCUCGUGGCUUUUUCUGCUGUCUACUUGGCUGUCGUGGCUUGGGGCUGCUCGCGGAUCGGAAAGAAGGCUGUGGGUCCGCGUUUGAAGCCGGUGCAUGGCGCUGUCCGUCUCGCUUGUGCUGGGACGGGCUUGCUCCUGUUUGCCAUCCUGGUGCGGACGGUAGGGUGGAAGAUGGCCAAGGGAUCGCUGGCCUUUCUGCUCCAGCCGUGCCACAUCUUCUCGCUCGUCCUUGUCAUUGUGCUCAUGGCGCCGCGAUCGAGCCUUGGUGUGGUCUUGUUCAACAUGCAUCUGUUUGUUCAGUGGGCGCCGUGGAUGGCCUUGCUCAUGCCGGACCUGCGGACGUACACGCCGGGCUCGCUUGAGCUGUACUCGUUCUUUGUCCAGCACAUCAUCAUUGCUGGCGCUCCGCUGGUUCUCAUGGUCACCGGCAUCAUCCCUGUCCUGCCGCGGCGUGGGGCGUGGAUGGCGUUUGGCUUUGGCUGGUGGGCCAUGUACCAGGUCUGGGUCCUCGGCUUUGGCUCGCUGCUGACGGGCGUCAACCUCAACUACAUGCUCGCUCCGCCGCCGGUCAUCGAGUCGACAUCCAUCCGCGCUAUCGCCGACCACGCCCUCUACUACCGGUGGUUUACUCAAGUGGCGACGUCCAUCUUUGCCGCCGUCACAGGCAUUGCUCUGCCAGCACUGCUCGCUCCGCGUCGUCGCUGGCGCAAGAGGUCGCGGCCGCACAUGAAGGCGGCGUAGCCAUUAUCUUAACCCUUACACUACGGUCGUUCGGACGCGUUGUCGCGCGUCUCAAAGUGAACAACUCGAUGAUGCUUGACUUUCUGGUCACCGGCCGACGCUGUGCGACGCCUGCUUGGCCUGCGGCUUGAGGUGGGUGGCGCGCCCGAUGCGAGGCUCACACGUGGGGCCUGCCGCCCGACGCUUGUUCUGGCGACGCCCUUGUGUGCAACGUGGGCAACGACAUCGCUGCUGCUACGCGGAAGGACUCGAUCGAGUGCCGUUUCCUGGCAACCUGCUCUCGUCCUCCAGACUCAACGACGUCGUCACCUCUGCAGCAGCUGCUCGUCAUCACCACUUUCCACAGCGAGCCACUGUGCAACGCGACUGCCUCGCC